CUAUUGCAAUGGUCGCCAUACCCACCCUCUCUCUCCUAUUGGCCCUGGCGGAGUGGGCAGGACCGGUCACGCCCUCCCCACACCUCUUGCUCCGCCCCCGGGAGCGGGAGAGAGACCCGGGGACAAUAAUGAACUUCAACAUCGCUGUGAUCCACGCGGGGGCCAGCGUGCAGGUAGAGGCGGCGGCCGGGCCCGGGGGAAGGGUGCUCUACCCUGGGUUUGGUCGGGCACACAGCUCCCUGGGGGAGAGCGUGAUCACCCAGUGGGGCUCUGCAAACGUCAUCUGGCUCCAGGUGAAUGACAGUAGUCCUAAGACUCUGCUGUCCCAGCUGUGUGACCUGCUGGCAGCGAGGCCCCUACAGGGCCUGGUCUACGAGGAGGAGAGGCCACCACCCACCGCCUGGGGACCCCUGGCCCCCAUGUUAGAGUUUGUCUCUGCCCAGACUGGACUACCCAUAGUGGCUGUAGGAGGAGGAGCAGGGCUGGGGAGGAUGCAACAGGUAUGGAGGUGGGGGGAGGGAGAGAGAGAGAGAGAGAGAAAGAGAGAAAGAGAGAGAGAGAGAGAAAGAGAGAAAGAGAGAGAGAGAGAGAGAGAGAGAGAGAGAGGGAGACCCAUCAUGACUGUAAGAUGGUGAGCAGGGGUGGGGAGGACGCUACAGGUAUGGAGGUGAGAAGAGAAUGUGUGUUUGUGUGUGCGUGCCUGCGUGAAAGUUUGAGGCUUAAUGUCAGUCAUUCACUGUUUCUGCCCAGUCAGAGCAUUGUAGGCAGCAAGAAGUGGGCGGUACAGGGUUAGAAAGAGAGAUGCAGGGUUAGAGAGAGAUAUCUAGGGU